AUGGGAGCCAACCGUGGGCUGGCUGAGAUGCCACGACAGAUGCGACAGCUGCUACGCCGUAUUCCUGUGGGACACUCAUCCAUCUACCUGAACGAGCUGCAACCAAGUAACCAGCAUUUUUUUCUCAAGGCCUGCAUGACCAGUGGGCCUCACACGAGUCACGGGAGCGUGAAGAAUGUGUUGGGCGUUUCUAUUGACCGAGGGGAGAUCAGUUGCCAUGCAUCGCUUCAGGCGCUAACUGCAAAAACAACGGAGGCUAAACAGCAGGAGGGAAAAGCUUCCCCGAUGUACAUCCAUGCCCACGUUUCACAACAUGGUGUCUACGUUGCAGCUGCUGCCCGGGUCGAGUGGGAGGUUGGCGGCGUACCGAACCCCUCAUCCCACAUUACUGACGAAGCCGCAUCUUUUUUUACUGUCCGUUCCAAGUUGGAUGCUUGA